CCUAAACACAUUUUUUUUAAAUAGCCCGGAUAAUAACACACAUGGAAUUGUGACUCUAUUUAUCCAAUGCGCUAAAAUAGUAGAGAACCAGCCGUUUAUUUUCAUUGAGGAGUAUUUGUUUCUUUUCAUGAACUAGAGAGAAGAAGCUAUUGCCAUGACAACAGACGAGGCGACCGAGAGCCAGCAUCAGAAGAAGCCCAGCCAGCAGGAGGCGGAGCAGCAUCAGGCCACGCCUCCUGACCACGGACCCUCUGAGUCCCAGGCCGCCACCAGCCCCGCCACCUCGCCCCAGAGCACUGGCUCGCCCUCGUACUCCUCUCCCCAGGAGGAGGUGCAGCUGAGACCCCGCCGGCGCACCUCAGCCGGCCGCGGCCUCUCGCGCCUCUUCUCCUCCUUCCUGAAGAGGCGUUCCCAGUGCGAGGAGGACGGGGGAGAGAAGGGGGAGAAAGGAGGGGACGGGGAAGAGCCCAAGGCGCCCAUCGCUGACUGUGAGCCAGAGCUCAAGAUCGAGGGUGAUCAGAACCUUGACCUGCACUCGCUCAGCAGCAACGAGGCGCAGCUUAUCCAGGUAGACCAGAAGGAAGACCCCGAGAACGACUCUGAGGAAGAGGGGGGAGAGACCGAUAAGGAGAAAAGAGAAGACGACAGUGCCCAGGGGAAGGAGAAAGAGGAGGAGGAGCCUGAGAGGGAAGGAGAGAAAGAGGGAGUAGAGAAGACAACAGAGGAAGACGCUCAACCUCCUAAGCCUCCCCGUCGACCCAGGAUCAUGCAAAUUAAAGUUACACUGCUGGACGACACUCUGUUUGAGUGUGAGCUGGAUAAACAUGCCAAAGGUGUGGAGCUGUUCACCAAGGUGUGUGACCACCUCAACCUGCUGGAGAGAGACUACUACGGCCUGGCCAUCUGGGAGUCGCCCUCCAUGAAGACCUGGAUGGAUUUCACCAAGGAGAUCCGCAGGCAGGUUCAAGGUGCAAAGUUAGACAAGAUCUGUGCAGACGCACAAUCAUGUACAGGCACCAAUUAUGACUUCACCUUCAAUGUGAAGUUCUAUCCUCCUGACCCAGCCCAGCUUUCUGAAGACAUCACCAGGUACUACCUGUGUCUCCAGCUGCGUAAGGACAUCCUGGGGGGCCGUCUACCCUGCUCCUUUGUCACACUGGCCCUUCUGGGUUCCUACGCACUGCAGUCCGAGCUGGGGGAGUACGACCCAGAGACACACGCACCAGACUACGCCAAGGACCUGAGGCUGGCCCCGGGACAAACCAAGGAGCUGGAGAAGAAAGUCAUGGAGUUGCAUAAGACAUACAGGUCGAUGAGUCCAGCACAGGCAGACAUGGCCUUUCUGGAGAACGCCAAGAAACUAGCCAUGUACGGAGUGGACCUGCACCAGGCCAAGGAUCUAGAUGGAGUGGAUAUUAUGCUGGGUGUGUGUUCUGGGGGUUUGAUGGUCUACAAGGACAAGCUGAGGAUCAACCGUUUCCCCUGGCCCAAAGUCCUCAAGGUCUCCUACAAACGCAGCAGUUUUUUCAUCAAGAUACGCCCCUCAGAGCUGGAGCAUUACGAAAGCGCCAUUGGUUUCAAACUGCCAAACUACAAGGCCUCCAAGAAGCUGUGGAAAGUGUGUGUGGAGCAUCACACCUUCUUCAGACUGACCUCUACUGAGGUGGCUACCACUCCCAGGAAGUUCCUAGCACUGGGUUCUAAGUUCCGCUACAGUGGGCGGACCCAGGCUCAGACCCGCCAGGCCAGCUCUAUGAUUGACAGGCCAGCCCCCCUGUUCCAACGCUCGGCCAGCAAGAGGAACUCACGCAGUCUGGAUGAAGCCAUGGUGUCCACUCCAGACAAGAGCACCCGUCCAGUCAGUGCUCCCAUUAUGUCCCCCGUCUCUCCAGGGGACGCCGCCCCGCCCCCUGUGACCUCUGCCCUGCCCCGAGGUGAGCGGCGAGAAGCCUCCACCGCCCCGGGCCGCCAGUCCCGCUCAGCAGAGAGGAAGACCAAGGAAGAGACCAAGGUGGAGAGCAAGGUGACAGAGGUCUCCAAGACACAGAGCUCCAGACCACAGUCCACCCCAGAGUUCAAGAGGGAGGGAGCCAGGAGGAGUAGGCAUCAUGCCCCUGCAGUCACCACCACCACCACCAAUGGGACAGAGAGAGAGAGAAAGAGCCAGCAUUCGCCCCGAGACAGAACCGGCACGGAGACUGUGCGCGUGAAGAAGAAAAGAGCUAAGAAACUUGAGGGUCAAACUAUUUAUAUCAGGCAUAGCAAUAUAAUGUUGGAGGACCUGGAUAAGACCCAUACAGAGAUCAUGCGUCACCAUACCAGUAUCAGUGAGCUGAAGAGAAGCUUCAUGGAGUCUGUUCCGGAGCCGCGGCAGAGCGAGUGGGACAAACGCCUGUCCACCCACUCACCCUUCCGCACGGCCAGCAUCAACGGACAGCUGCAGUCAGGCACUGACGGGGUGAGGACGGCCUCCCUAUCACCUGCAUACAGAGUAGUUGGUGGCGUAUCAGAGUCGUGCCCUGCCCCACAUUCAUAUCCACUCCCUCUUCCUCCUCCUCCUCCUCCUCCAUAUCUUCCACCACCUCCUCCUCUACCUCCACCCCCUUCUCCUGAGGAGGAUCCGGAGACCCAGAGAGGUGUUCAGGCCUUGGGUAACCGAGCAUCACCGCUCCCCUCCCCUCGCCCCUCUACUGCCAUGGGGCUGAAAAAACAAUUUUACUCCCAGACUUGAAGCUGCCUCCAGCUACCUGGGUAUCCUGCCUGCUCCAGACUCUUCUCAUGUCCUGCCUAUGUACCUGAAGAAUACUAAGCAGUUCCCUCAGAACAUUUAAAAACACAUCUAAAAUAAUAAUAAUAAUCUUAACUUUCAAUCUCUAUUGAGUAUAGGCAUUUUUAAAUGAUAGGCCUAUGGCACAAUUUCUAUGAAUGGAGAUGAUCAUGUUUCUAAAAUAUCACCCAAAAGAAUACAUAUACAAUUGCAGUAUAAUACACUAGUCUGGUGAUUUACCAAGCAGUCUUACCUGACAUGAUAUUGUAUGUAAAACAUUUCAGAUGUCUUUUUCUAUCUUCAUGAACACAUUACCAACAAAUCCCAAAUAUGAGCCUCCCAAUUGCCAAUAGACUUCAAUGUAUUUGAUAAGCUCAUCUCUUUAAGACAGGCUCAUUGACUGACUGACAGGCUGUGGGAUGGCAGUGAGGAGUAGGGAACACUGUGGUCUAGCCAACCUGCACCAAGCCAGUUUCUAUGGUGGUUCUCCGCCUAACGGUGUUAUGAUCCAAGACGUUGUACUGCCAAACAAACGGUUUGCACUAGCUAGCAUUUUACCUGCCAGAGAAGGCCUUUAUCCAACCGAACCGUAGCCAUCCACUCUAACCCCAGCCAUGGAGGAGCAGAGCCCCAUAAAAACUCUCCAGUCCCAAAUAUGCUGCUGCUGCUGUCACCGCUUCCCUGGAGGUUGGGCCAGCCUGGUCCGGCCACCCUGGACCCUAACUCUCACUGCCCAGAAACCGAGAGUCUGAGUCAGGCUGAAGCUCAGUGAUGGAACCCACCACUCACUAAUGUCAGAGUUCAGAGAGUACUCCCAGAGAGAACUUGAUUUUUUAAAAACUCCGCCCUUACAUUCCACCAUUUACCUACUCCCCAACCUCCCUCCUUCCCCCUGUCGCUUCCCCUCCUACCCCACUCCCGCCUAUCCCUGUCCCUCCCCUUCCUAACCCACUCCCUCCCCUGUCCCUUCCCCUCCUAACCCACUCUUUUCCCCUGUCCAUUCCUCUCCUACCCCAGUACCUCCCCUGUCGUCAUCCCUUCCCCUCCUAACCCACUCCCUCCCCUGUCCCUUCCCUCCUAUCCCACUCCCUCCCCUGUCCCUUCCCCUCCUAUCCCACUCCCUCCCCUGUCCCUUCCCCUCCUAACCCACUCCCUCCCCUGUCCCUUCCCCUCCUAACCCACUCCCUGCCCUGUCCUCAUCCCUUCCCCUCCUAACCCAAAACCUGCCCUGUCCUCAUCCCUUCCCCUCCUAACCCACUCCCUCCCCUCCCCUGUCCCUUCCCCUCCUAUCCCACUCCCUCCCCUGUCCCUUCCCCUCCUAACCCACUCCCUCCCCUGUCCCUUCCCCUCCUAACCCACUCCCCACCCUGUCCCUUCCCCUCCUAACCCACUCCCUCCCCUGUCCCUUCCCCUCCUAACCCACUCCCUGCCCUCUUCCCAUCCUCCCCUAAUUCCUGCCUGUCGGUUGGCCAUUCCCCCACGUCUGUUCAUUGUUCUCUGUCUCUCUUGGUCUCCCGUUGCUGAACACAGCGAGGGAAGCGUCCUCUGUUUGAAUACCAGGUAAGAUUACAGAGACAGCAACAGCAGGCCUCCUCGGCUCCCGGGGGACCACCGCUCAGACACCACUAUCUACAGGAAGAAGAAGGUUAUACUUCUGAUGAUUCUGAGGAGGAGGAGGAGGAGGCUCGGGGCCAAGGGCACACUCUGAGGGUCUCUAUCGACAUGCCUGAGGAGGAGGACAGGGCAAGGGGGCCCUCAGCCUGCCAGCUGUACCCAGCCAUGCUCCAGCUCCAACCGUCCCACGUCUCCUUCUCCCUCAUGUCUGGACUGCUGGUCAUGUUUCUCACCUUGUGUUGGUUGGUGUUUAUCUGACUGGCCGGUCCGGUGGAGAGAGAGAGAGACCUCUAAUGAACUGAACCACCCAGUGACUGGCUGGUCGGGUGGAGAGAGAGAGAGACCUCUAAUGAAAUGAACCACCCAGUGACUGGCUGGUCCGGUGGAGAGAGAGAGAGACCUCUAAUGAACUGAACCACCCAGUGACUGGCUGGUCGGGUGGAGAGAGAGAGAGACCUCUAAUGAACUGAACCACCCAGUGACUGGCUGGUCGGGUGGAGAGAGAGAGAGACCUCUAAUGAAAUGAACCACCCAGUGACUGGCUGGUCCGGUGGAGAGAGAGAGAGACCUCUAAUGAAAUGAACCACCCAGUGACUGGCUGGUCCGGUGGAGAGAGAGAGAGACCUCUAAUGAAAUGAACCACCCAGUGACUGGCUGGUCCGGUGGAGAGAGAGAGAGACCUCUAAUGAAAUGAACCACCCAGUGACUGGCUGGUCCGGUGGAGAGAGAGAGAGAGAGACCCCUACUGAAGUACCCCUGUUGAAGGACAGAGACAGACAUUUAUUCUCUGCUCCUCUUUGUAACUUAAUCUAACUCCAACACACAGACAGACACACACACACACACACACACACACACACACACACACACACACACACACACACACACACACACACACACACAGCCAGAAAACGCAGCCAGACAACGCAGACAGACAGACAGACAGACAGACAGACAGACAGACAGACAGACAGACAGACAGACAGACAGACAGACAUUUUCUUAACUCUUUCUUGAACUGCAUUGUUGGUUAAGGGCUUGUAAGUAAGCAUUUCACAGUAAGGUUCUACACUUGUUGUAUUCGGCGCGUGUGACAAAUAAAGUUUGAUUUGACACAGACAGACGGACAUGGACAGACAGACACCAAUCCCUGUUGAACAUUACACUGAGUGAAUAAUUGUCGUUGCAUUGUGGAGUAUGGCAUUAUUGUUAUUGCCAGCACAUUUCUUUUCAGGAAGUGUUGAGCGCUGUACAUGGCUGAGCUCCCUCGCUACCAGAGCCUUAUAGCCCGACUUCAAGGAGCUUCUAAAACUUUUACUUACAAUAUUCCAUGGUGAAAAAGAAAAGCCAUCCAGUGUUACUAACAAACUUUGUCUGCUAACCUGACUCUUUCACGGCUUGUGUUUAGCCUGUAGACUACUGUAUAUUUUCUCUGUUCGUCCACAGAAUCUACCCGUAUCAUAGUCGCGCAUCGAUGUCAAUGGAAGCCUAAGGGAAAAUGGGAUUUAAUUGGUCUCUUAGUGUUCCUAUCAGUCAGUGUAGUAUAGUAUCUACAGGGCAGUGCUCUGCUGUGUGGCAGAAUCUCUCCAACAGCCUGAGAGAUCUGUAUUGCUGAUCUUAUUCAUUAUGAUUUAACAGGUGAACACAGGCCAUGGUCUGUGUUCACUGCUACAGCAGAGAGCUGCUGUCUGUCUGCCUUUGAAAUGCAUCGGCUCUCGUCUACGUUGAUGCUUUUCUAGGCAUGAGCAGGAAGGACAGACUGGAUAGAGACAGGACAGGGCAGACAGGACAUGGACAGGAAAGACUGGAUAGAGACAGGACAGACAGGACAGGGACCGGACAGACAGGACAGGACAGACGGGACAAACUAGAUAGAGACAGGACAGGGACAGACAGGACAGGGACAGGACAGACUGGAUAGAGACAGGGACAGGACAGGGACAGGACAGACUGGAUAGAGACAGGGCAGACAGGACAGGGAGAGCACAGACAGGACAGGGCCAGGACAGACUGGAUAGAGACAGGACAGGGACAGGACAGACAGGACAGACUGGAUAGAGACAGGACAGACAGGGACAGGGACAGGACAGACUGGAUAGAGUCAGGACAGGGACAGGACAGACUGGAUAGAGACAGGACAGACAGGACAGGGACAGGACAGACUGGAUAGAGACAGGACAGGGACAGGACAGGGACAGACUGGAUAGAGACAGGACAGGGACAGGACAGAGACAGGACAGGGACAGGACAGACUGAAUAGAGACAGGACAGACAGGGACAGGACAGGCUGGAUAGAGACAGGACAGGGACAGGGCAGACAGGACAGGGACAGGACAGACUGAAUAGAGACAAGACAGACAGAGACAGGACAGGGCGGGCAGGAAAGGGACAGGACAGACUGGAUAGAGACAGGACAGGACAGGGACAGGACAGGGACAGUCCACUCAGGUUGUAUUUAUGAGAAGAACCCAUGAGUUAUUACUGUUAUCACCAGUGGUCUCUCAUAUAACUGAAAUGGCCUUUAAACCCAUGUUGCUGUUACUACUUUUUGAAAGCAGUGGGCCAAAUAUGGACACGGGUGCCAUUUGAGACGCAGAGAUGGUGUACUUGGCUCACUUGUUAACCUGACUGACAUCAUUACCGGUAACCAAAAAGGAACACUGGUUGCUAAGCAUUCCACUACUGUUGAUGGUGGCCUGCCACUUCCUCCUCUGCUUGCUUUAAAUCAACAAUCACUGCCUGCUGAGAGAGAGAGACACUUCUGUCCAGAGAAGAUUUUGGUUUUACUUUUCAGACUGAUUUUAAACUAAAAUAACUGCUGAUUAGUCAUCUAACCAGUGAGUUUGGAUUGAAGAUACUGUAUGUGUCAACGCUUGACUAGUUUAGAGACUUCUGGAAUGCCUUCCUAUAUGAAAUGCCACCACUCACAGAUGGAGUCUAAAGCCAUUGAAAUGCUAUUUGAGAUGUGUGUUCUCCAAGGGUAUCGCUUGGAUCAUGGCUACAGCCAAGUUGCAUUGAUCAGUAUGUUGCCAUUAGAAACACCCUGGGAAAGCAUUGAUCAGUAUGUUGCCAUUAGAAACACCCUGGGAAAGCAUUCAUCAGUAUGUUGCCAUUAGAAACACCCUGGGGAAAGCAUUGAUCAGUAUGUUGCCAUUAGAAACACCCUGGGAAAGCAUUCAUCAGUAUGUUGCCAUUAGAAACACCCUGGGAAAGCAUUGAUCAGUAUGUUGCCAUUAGAAACACCCUGGGAAAGCAUUGAUCAGUAUGUUGCCAUUAGAAACACCCUGGGAAAGGAUUGAUCAGUAUGUUGCCAUUAGAAACACCCUGGGAAAGCAUUGAUCAGUAUGUUGCCAUUAGAAACACCCUGGGAAAGCAUUGAUCAGUAUGUUGCCAUUAGAAACACCCUGGGAAAGCAUUGAUCAGUAUGUUGCCAUUAGAAACACCCUGGGAAAGCAUUGAUCAGUAUGUUGCCAUUAGACACACCCUGGGAAAGCAUUGAUCAGUAUGUUGCCAUUAGAAACACCCUGGGAAAGCAUUGUUUACCAAUGGACUGGUGGUGGUGGAAGUGUAUUCAAUAACUUUGUGCAUGCGAGUACACGUGUAUUAGUGUGUGUUUACGGUUGUGUGUAGAUAAAUGUGUAUAUGACUAUUAUAACACACAAUGUUAUUAUUGUAGUAACUUGGUUUGUUAGAAAGAUAGACGUUUUUAUUAUGUUCACUGUGAUUCUUCCCGUAGGAAAGCAAUUAUCUCUAUAUUGAUCUAGUAUGUGUUGUUUUAAGUAAUUCACUAUUACAUUGUUCUUAAUAUCGUAAUGUUAGUCAGAGUCUAUGAGGAUUUACUUAAACUAUAAUUAAAGGUGAAAGUCAUUUGGCGACUGUCAAAUAAAUCUAUUCAGGCUUCAUGCUUACUUUAGUUAUCUAUCUGUACUGUAUCUGUCAUAUAGAUGUGUUUACAAAUGGAAUACAGUACCAGUCAAAGGUUUGGACACACCUACUCAUUCAAGGGUUUUUCUCGAUUUUGUAUUAUUUUGUACAUUGUAGAAUAAUAGUGAAGACAUCAAAACUAUAAAAUAAUGCUUUUCCUUCACUCUGCGGUCCAACUCAUCUCAAACCAUCUCAAUUGGGUUGAGGUCGGGUGAUUGUGGAGGCCAGGCUCUCCUUGGUCAAAUAGCCCGUACACAGCCUGGAGGUGUGUUGGGUCAUUGUCCUGUUGAAAAACAAAUGAUAGUCCCACUCAGCGCACUGCUGCAGAAUGCUGUGGUAGCCAUGCUGGUUAAGUGUACCUUGAAUUCUAAAUAAAUCACUGACAGUGUCACCAGAAAAGGACCCCCACACCAUCACACCUCCUCCUCCAUGCUUCACAGUGGGAACCACACAUGCAGAGAUCCACUGCUGCAGAAUGCUGUGGUAGCCAUGCUGGUUAAGUGUACCUUGAAUUCUAAAUAAAUCACACACAGUUUCACCAGCAAAGCACCAUCACACCUCCUCCUCCAUGCUUCACGGUGGGAACCACACGUGCAGAGAUCAUCCGUUCACUUACUCUGCGUCUCACAAAGACACAGCCGUUAGUACCAAAAAUCGCAAAUUUGGACUCAUCCGACCAAAGGACAGAUUUCCACCGGCCUAAUGUCCAUUGCUCGUGUUUCUUGGUCUCUUCUUCUCAUUGGUGUCAUUUAGUAGUGGUUUCUUUGCAGCAAUUCAACUAUGAAGACCUGAUUCACGCAGUCUCCUCUGAACAGUUGAUGUUGAGAUGUGUCUGUUACUUGAACUCUGUGAAGCAUUUAUUUGGGCUGCAAUUUUUGAGGCUGGAAAACUCUAAUGAACGUAUCCUCUGCAGCAGAGGUAACUCUGGGUCUUCCAUUCCUGUGGUGGUCAUCAUAGCACUUGAUGGUUUUUGCAACUGCACUUAAAUAAACGUUAAAAGUUGUUGAUAUUUCCGUAUUGACGUCUUAAAGUAAUGAUGGACUGUCGUUUGUCUUUGCUUAUUUGACCUGUUCUUGCCAUAAUACGGUCUUGGUCUUUUACCAAACAGGGCUAUCGUCUGUAUAACACCCCUACCUUGUCACAACACAACUGAUUGGCUCAAACGCCUUAAGAAGGAAAGAAAUUCCACAAACUAACUUUUAUCAAGGCACACCUGUUAAUAGAAAUGCAUUCCAGGUGACUACCUCAUGAAGCUGGUUGAGAGAAUGCCAAGAGUGUGCAAACGCUGUCAUCAAGGCACAGGGUGGCUACUUUGAACAAUCAAUUUGUAAGUCGCUCUGGAUAAGAGCGUCUGCUAAAUGACUUAAAUGUAAUGUAAUGUAAUGUAAAAUAUAUUUUGAUUUGUUGAACACUUUUUUGGUUACUACAUGAUUCCAUAUGUGUUAUAUCAUAGUUUUGAUGUCUUCACUAUUAUUCUACAAUGUAGAAAAUAGUUUUAAAAAAUAAAGAAAAACGCUUGAAUGUUGUCACACUGGUAUAAAUGAUUCGUGAGACAGAUGCAGGAAUGCGUAAUAGUUUUUAAAAAUUUGACCCAAAUUACGGCGUGCCGUGUAAAGGCACGGGGACGAAGACCAAACAAACACUUAACAAAAACACAGAGUUGAAACCCAAACAAAAGAGUGAGGAGAACCUCGAAUAAAUAACACACUCGCACAAUGAUUUAGCCCACGGGACGAGACCCGUAAUCAGCUUCGCAAUCCACAAUGGCACGAAAGCCCAGAACACACAGCACAGGUACUCACACGCACCAACGGACAUUGUAACAAUAAUGGACAGCCCAACGGAAACCAAAGGGCACAUAUAUACAAGUACUAAUCCGUGGGAAUAAGGGGACAGGUGUGUGUAAUGAAAGUUCCUGAGGGAUCCGUGACAAAUGAGUCGGUGUGUCCAAACUUUUGACUGGUGCUGUAUAUCACUGCUGUUGUUCUGUUUCAUUAUGUCCCUUGUAUGAUAAGAAGUGAAGGAAGUAUUCAUUUUGAAUGUA